UUCCAGAAUGCCUGCUUUCUUUCACAGAAUAGAUUAUUGCCAAGAUUAGUAGCAAAGCAAUCAGGAAUCAGGAGUGGCAUAGCCUAAAAUAAUCUGGGCAUGACAGAAGAAAAUACAACCAAGCAUGGUCAAAGGGGACACAAUGAGGCCUGUAUUUCAAUGAAAAUGAUGCUAACUCAUGCUUAUGUGUAUUGCUUCUUUUGUCUCCCACUAGACCGUACCUAAACCAUGGCAAACAGCUCAGAGUGGAUGGACAGCAGUAAUGAGUCAUUUGUUGGUGAUUUGGAAGCUUGUGCCAAAGCAAGGAGCCCAAGUCUCCGAGUAGCCCUGUACAGCUUCAUAAUCAUUGGAAUCUUCUGUACAGUGGUUGGAAACUUUCUAGUGGUGCUGGCUAUUGCUUAUUUCAGACAGCUCCGGUCUCACACAAACUCCUUUGUCAUGUCGCUAGCAGUGGCUGACUUCUUGGUGGGCUUGGUGGUUAUGCCUUACAGCAUGAUACGAACCGUCGAAGGUUGCUGGAACUUUGGAAAAACAUUCUGUCAGCUGCACUCCAGCCUGGAUGUUAUGCUCUGCACGGCUUCCAUCUUCCACCUGAGUUGCAUCGCGUUUGACCGAUACUACGCCGUCUGUAACCCGCUGGUCUAUUCCUUCAAGAUGUCCCGGAAUCGUGUGGCUCUGCUUAUUGUCAUAUGCUGGGCUGUUCCACUGCUCAUCUCCUUUGGUCCCAUCCUCUUGGGGCUACACGAGCUUGGUGUGGACGUACCCUUACCUGAGAACGUAUGCAUCCUUCUGGUAAACCGUGUCUAUGCCAUCAUAGCUUCACUAGUGGCAUUUUACCUUCCCAUGGCUACAAUGCUAGUUGCUUACUGGAAGAUUUACAAAGCAGCCAAGCGACAAGCCAUGCAGAUAAGUGCUUUGGAGACUCAGAUGGCAACUGGUGUGGGCAAGAACUCCAGCAAAAAACAGAAGCACCGCAACUACUUGAGGAGGGAGAGGAAGGCAGCAAAAACCCUUGGUAUCAUCAUGGGUGUCUUCCUCCUGUUCUGGUUGCCCUUCUUCACUGUGAACAUUGUGGAUCCUUUUAUUGAGUACAGAACAACAAGUGUGAUAUGGGAUGUGUUCCUCUGGUUGGGUUACGUGAAUUCCUCAUUGAAUCCUUUCCUUUAUGGUUUCUUCAACAGGUCCUUCCGUAGGGCUUUCCUAAUGAUCAUGGGUUGCGUUAUAUGUCUGCCCGGGUCAGCCCCUAUCAUGGACCUCUCUCAGUCUAAGAAGGAUACAAAUGAGCGCACAGAGAAACAAUAGGGCUCAAGGUUCCACCUACAGCCCUGUACGUACACGUGUUCAUUUGGCAGAUGCUGUUACGCAAAGUGACUUCCAGUUGAGCUGAGCAGAUGAAAGUGAACGACCUUGCUCGAGGACCUAACAGUGGCAGCUUGAUGGUCCUGGACACACAACCUCACCAUUGAGCUGCAAUUCUACAGAUCAAAUUCGAAAAGGAUUUCUCCUGAUGGACCACUGCAGACCAAUUUGCAGACCGAUGAAGCUCGGGGUGGUCCCGAAGAAAGAAUCAUGCUUACAAUAUGUUAAUCAGUGGUUUAUUUUGAUUAUGUAUAGAUUGGGGGUUGGGCCAAAAUCUUGUAUUGAGAAUUGAUGAUGCAAAUUCAAGCUAGUUUACGCAAAUUUAACCAGCCAGUUAGCUCUGGGCUAAGGAUACCUACUACAGUACAAGACACACUGAACGUACUGAUGUGAAAUGUCAAUGAUACCUCAAUAUUGGUGGACAGAUGUGUCUUCUCGCAGCGUAGCAUAGUAGUAUAGCAGUAAUGUGCCACAUGCCGUAGUAUGCCGUAGCUAGUAGCGUAUCGGAACCAGGGAGGUAGGGGCCAAAGUUUUUUUUAAUGUAUUUUUUUAUUUGAUUUAUUAUUCAAAGUUUGUAAUUAUCGAAAAUUAUACAUUUAUACAAGACAAAUCUUGUUUAUUUUUCUUUUAUACUGCAGACUAUAGAUGCAAAUGUUGUAGUAUUUCCUGUGUAAAUGCGAGACCUCAGUGUUCCCACUCAGUGAUUGUGUUUGCUGUCGAAAUAAGCGAGUCUAGUCUGCUUUGAUUUGUUUUCAUUUCUCACAAAUGCAGGAUGUUUCCUCAGAACAAAUAUUAUUUAUCUAUUCAUUUAUUCGUCAGAUACCAUGCCUUAUGCUGUUGUUGCUGAGCUAACUC